GUGCAGUGUUUUAGAAAAUUUACCUUAAUUGCAACAUAUUUUUUAUUAUUGUGAAAUUCUGAAACCACAAAAUGUCUGGAAAGAGUUUAAAAUUAAUACAGAGAAAUGUGUUUCCAACGUGGUAUCACGUAGAAGAGCUGGCUUCACGAGUGGUAGCGCAAACGGGAAUUCCCAGCGACAGGUUCCAUCUUGGGAAACUCAUUCUACAGAGCUUGAAAGAUGAUCCUGAUAUUGUUGCGCAGAUCGACGGAGCACUGGACGUUUCAGAGACCAACGGAUCAGUUCUGGAACGUUCCAUCCGCUGCGCCAUCGCCCUCAAGAGGCUUGGAGUUCAGAAAGGAGACGUCAUGGUUCUGAUGGCUCCCAACCAUCUGGACCUGGUCAUAGCACUCUACGCUGCUCUGUAUCUUGGCAUACUCGUAACCGCCAUCGAUAUUACUUUGGGCAUUCGCGAACUCGAAGGAAGAAUGGAAAUUCUUAAGCCAAAAAUAAUUUUCUGCCAAACUGACCGCACGUCAGAUAUAGAGAUAGCUCUGAAUAAACUAAAUACAAAACCGCUUAUUAUAACAUUUGAUAGAGGAAACAAAUGUUGUUUCACUGAUUUUCUUCAUUCUGACGACAUAAAGGUUGAAGACUUUAAACCUACUGACUUCGAUCCAGAAGAAACCGUGGCUGCAAUGAUGUCAACAAGCGGCACAACUGGCCAACCCAAGUUGGCGCCGCUCACACACAAAAACUUGGCAUUAUCUGUACGGCAACGAUUGUCCCCUUAUAACUCUCCUCCACCGAAACUGCUGCUUUUGUUCAUUUCUCCCAUUUGGUGGGUGACAGCCGUCAAUAGCUACGUCCUGUCGACCAUAUUCCGGGUCACUCGGCUGCAGUCGUCCGCGCCUCGUACGAUGGAACAUAUUCGUGAGCUCAUUAACAAAUACAAGCCCCACAGUGCCACAUUAAAUCCAAACGUGCUGACGUCGCUUUUAACCAGCGAAGGCACAAAGUGUGAUUUUAGCUGCUUCAGUACCAUUGUUAUAUGUGGAUGUUAUUUGCCGAAGUCUCUGUCCGACGCCAUAAAGGUUUUAGCACCAAAUGCUGUAAUCGUGAACAUUUACGGCAUGAGUGAGUGUGGCGGCGUGUGUAUGACAUGGGACGUCAGAGACCCCAUAACUUCCAUAUGCACUCCAAAUGCAAUCCGGUGCACGACCUACGGCCAUCUACAGUACCGGUUAGUAGACAUAUCAACGUUGGAGGACAUCGAGGAACCAAACGUUAUAGGAGAACUAUGGCUAAAAGGGCCCAGUGUUAUUAAGGGGUAUUACAAUAACCCGGAAAGCAGGAAAGAUACGUUUUCAGAAGAUGGCUGGUUCAGAACAGGAGAUAUCAUGAAGAGGGACAGCAAUUACAAUUACUUUUUCGUAGAUCGCGUGAAGACGCUGAUCAAUUACAGGCAUAAACUGGUGUCGCCUACAGAAGUGGAAGAGGUGAUUCGCAGCCACCCAGGAGUAUACGAUGUGGUGGUCAUUGGGGUGCCGGACGAAGGGUAUUGUGACUUGCCCGCCGCGUGUGUGGUGCCACGAACUGGGUAUACCUUGACAGAAGAGGAGAUUAAAGAUUUGGUGAAAGAAAAUCUUGAAGACCAUAAACAACUUAGAGGAGGUGUUGUGUUUAUGGCCGAACUACCCACAACCGCCACUAGCAAAACUGACAGAAGAAAACUGAAGGAGAUGUUGGCCGAAAUGAAACUCGAAUGAUUUUUAUCAUCAUAGCUAUAAAGUCCGGUCGCCGAGCAGAUAGAAUUUCGUCGAAUGACCCCAGGCUACAUUAUCGCUCGCGCGUAAUUAUUAUUGCUGAUAAGUGUGGGUAGCUUGGGGUCAU